GGCCUUACUACGACCGUGGCGCCUGUGACUAGUGGGCGUGGCCAAGCGUGAGUGACGUGUCUCGCGGUGGCAGUGAGCGGCGAUGGUGGUGCCAUGACGGGGAUGGGUAGAUUGAUGAACAGAAGGGGAGGGGUGGCUACCUGACACGUGGCUCCGUCAAUGGGCCGCAGUCGCAGGCGACAGGUGCACUGGCACUCACCUGGGCCCAUUCACGACCGACGUACGCUAGGCGGCGCUACGGUCCUGACCCGCCAAGACGCGACACCAGCGCCGACCAGGGGCCGGGCAAGGGCGGGAGCCUGGGGACACAGCGAGCGAGCGAGGGAGAGAGAGAUAGAGUGACAGAGAGACUGAGAGCCUUAAAGUGGCUGACUGUCAGCAGGGAGAGCAGUGUGUCCAACCCUGCGUCCGCACGCACAUCGCCCGCUGCUCCACACUGACGAACACAUCGUCACCAGCUGCAGCUAGGGGUGGCCCUGGUGCCGGAACCUUUCCGCUAAAUCUGCUUGAUCUUUUCUCUCGAAAAAAAAAAAAAAAGGAAAAGAAUCUAAUAGAAGAAGUUAACGGCUUGGAAAGACAGAAAAGAGAACUGUUGCGACGAACUGUGAACAUCACUGGUGCGUCUAGUGCUGGCAGGUACAGACUACCUGUAACGCUUUGUGUAGCAAUCGUCACUGACUGGCGCGGGGUCACGAGGCCAGAAUUUUGUGUUUGUGUGGUUUUCCUGACAGUUACUUUUCACCUGGGUAUUUUCGCUGCUAUUUUCAGAUAUUUUCACCUCUUCGCACCUGUCUGCAGCAGUUCCAGAGGAUGGGAUUGGCAGACUGCUAAUCUUGCUGCAGCGGCGCCUGUGGUGCGUCACUCUCCGCCUGCUCGCCAUUCAGAACGCGCAGCUGACCCUUGAUUGUCGUACGAACCCUAGCUAGAGGUCAAGGGGCACCCGUUAAAAGGCAAGUGCGAGCUGCUUGUGUCUUCAGUUACAGCCGUCGGACCAAAGGUUGCAGACGAGACGCCUGUUUCCAGUUGACAGCGAUGUUUAGAGCGACAACGAGGACAGGAGGCGAGCAGAUGCAAGUUGUCGUCGAGCCACCCGUUGACCAGGCGUGUGCACUCGUGUACGGGUGAAAGCAGGAAGAUCAAACAGCGGGGUGAGGCAGAGUGGAAGGGGCAAGGACAACAUCCGGUGAGUUGUAACGCAGCGUGGACCAGCAUCGGACUGUCUUGUCCCUAGAGUUCAAGGGGCAAACAGCCGGCCCAGGGACAGGCUUGCGGUCAACAGGUCGCUCUUCCCUCUCGGAUAAAGAGAGCGAGAGAAGGAAAUAGGACGUCGAUGCAGACCCCUUCACCCCGGUAUGUGCGGACGACCACAUAAAGUUAUAAAGUUAUAGAGCGGCUGUAAAUCGCUCGCACAGACUGUCGGACGCUAGCACGUUGUGGAAUAAAUGACAUCUUGAGUGUGGGACUUGUCAAAACCUACACGGACAGACCCUGCUACACAGGUGUGCUGCCUCCCUCCUGCCCCUACCUAACGUCGAGCGCGCUAACAAGCGAAUCACGUGACCGAUCCCGUCGCGCCCAGUGAUGCCACCGAACUCCAUCUCCUCCCUGUGAACAUCCUCGACACAUUCUCACCCACUGGAACUCCCACAUACAUACACACACGUAUCUAUAUAACAUACAGUAGCAGCUGACGGUCGCGCGGAGUGUGUGAAGGAGGAAGGGGAAGAGAGGCGUUACGUAGCGAGGGCUGGAGCCACCUUUAGCCGCGGACUGGCUUCACCCGCACCCAGCGACUGGCGGUGAGAGCGAGUGCACGCUGUACUGUAAAUAGUUCUGGUGCGAAGCUGGGGUCUGGCAGGCUCGGCGCGCGACUCAGAAGCGUGGCAUUGUGGGGCGAGGCGCUAUACACCCAGUGUGUUGGGCCCCAACGCUUGUCAGUCAAUACCGCCACAACCUUCCCCCCGUCAACAGUCGUGGCAGUGAGUGGCCGCCGAUCGCACCUCCACGCCACACGCAGCAAAAAAAAAAGGUACCCUCCCGUACCUCAGGUAUCCUCCCGAAACACCAAGGUACACGCCCGAACCUCCUCCCCUCUCCCCAAAACCACCCCGUGUACCUUAACACAGGUGGUGUGUGUCCCCUCCGUGGACCAAGCCAUGACGGACCAGCGGCUUCGGCGGUUGGUGGAGACGGGCCUGAGACUAGUCGCCCGGACUCGAACCCUGUCCACCUGUCCUUCUGGCGUGCAGCCCACCUGUCCCAUGUCCGCUUCGGCGGCAGGUGCCAGUCGUUGUGUCUUCAUGCAGGCGGAGUCCGAGACUCUCCCGGGUACUUCCCUCCCACCGCACGCCGCCACAGUCGGGGAAAAACCCACAGUCGGCGUUCGUCCCUUUGAGGAGAUGCCAGGACCUAAAGGCUACCCUGUGGUGGGCACACUCUUGGAAUACUUUCGUCCGGAAAACCGCGGCAGGAUGCACGAAAUACAGAGAAGGAACCAUCGGAUAUAUGGCGCCAUCUUCCGGGAGCCUUUCGGGCCGGCCCAGAACGUGUGUGUGGCAGACCCGACCAUGGUGGCUGAGAUCCUGCGCUCGGAGGGCCCGUACCCCAACAGACCACCCUACCAGUCCUGGGUGCUGUACAACGCCCUCCGCCAGCGACGAGGCGGCAUCAUGACUGCGCAAGGCGAGUACUGGAAGACGAGUCGGCGGUCCUUGAGCUCCAAACUCAUGAAGCCCAACUCUGUUGUCGAGUACCUUGCUGACGUCAACGCCGUCACCGCCGAGUUCAUUGACCGCCUGCGCCUGCUCAAGGCCCAACGGCAAGAUGGAGCGUCCGUGGGCGAGCUGACAUUCGAGAUCAACAAGUACACCAUGGAAGUGGUGGGCAGAGUCCUGCUGAACGUUCGCAUCGGGACGCUGGAGCAGCAGGUGUCGCCCAAGAUCCAGGAGUUCAUCGCCGCCAUCGCCCGCAUGUUCCUGACAGGUCAUCAGCUCAUGGCCUUCGCUCGCGUGCAUCAGCUUCUCCGCACGCGCACCUGGAGAGAUCACGUGCAGGCCUGGGACACCAUCUACUCGCUAAGCUGCGAGCUGAUGGACGAGCAGAUAGAGCGAGCCUUCAAACGGCUGCAGGACAACAACGUGCAGGAGGGCGAGGCCCAUGACGUCAUCACGUACCUGGCGUCCACGGGCAGCCUGACCAAGGACGAGAUCGUCAACAACCUCACGGAAACCUUCAUGGGAGGGGUGGACACUGUGGCCAAUGGCGUUUCUUUCAUCCUGUACCUCCUGUCGCAAAACCACCCCGCCCAGACGAAACUGCGCAACGAGGUGGACACAGUCCUGGGGACAAGGUCGUGUACCAUGGAUGACCUGCAGGCGUUACCCUAUGUCAAGGCCGUUGUCAAGGAAACCAUGCGCCUGUUCCCUCCCAUCCCCAUCAACGCCCGGGUCACACAGGAGGACACUGUCAUCAGCAACUACCACAUCCCCAAAGACACCAUCCUGAUGCUCAACAACUACACCAUGUCCCGGGAUCCCCGCAUCUUCACUGACCCCGACACCUUCAACCCUGACCGCUGGCUGAGGGACGAGGUGUCCACGUGGCACCCGUUUUCAGCGAUACCCUUCGGCUACGGCCCUCGCAGCUGUGUGGGGAGAAGAGUAGCCGAGUGUAUCAUGCACCUUGCAACCAUCCAGAUGGUCCAGAACUUCAUUUUGGAAAAGGAUCCGUCCUAUGACAUCACGCCACUUGUCAGGACACAGCUGACACCGGGGCCACAGUUGCCGGUUCUGUUCCUGGAGCGACGAUAAAUUGUUCUCAGAACAAGUCACCAGGGCGCGCUCCUGCUUUGGUCACGAGAGUGGACUUGUUCCGGUCACGUGAUGAGGCACAACGCGGCGCCACGUUGUUGACAAAAAUGUCUGCAGCUUUCCCUUAUCGUGUGUCAUCCAAGUUUGAUUUUCUUUUCUUUUCAUUGGCGUAGUCGUUGUUACAUCCUGUAGCCAGAAGACACUGCCAAGUGUUGUUGUCGACAACAAAAGUGUCAAUGAUAUUGGACCUAAACAACCAAAUAAUAAACAAAUAUUUUAAACAAAACAGGACAUGAAACCCAGCCAAGUAUUUUUGAAGCAGCUUGCAUCUUGUUGCAUGUAGACAAAUUCAGAAACGCACACAAACACCAAGACAAAGUGUCUACGUUGUGUCUACCUCAGCGGGACUCAGGCAUGAGCGGACAUCCGGGUCCGUCUACAGACGGGCGACAUCACAGUAGCGACUUCCGGCGACUACAGCAGCUGAUGUCUGGCCUCUGCUUUGUCGUUGUUACCAAGGGCAACAGAAGCAGGCUGUACAGAGGUCUUCAGCAUGAUGGCCGUGUUGUCGGCCAUGUUGUUCACAUGAACUCGUGAGAAUGGAGACGCUACCGUGAUGUGCAGCAGGAAUAAAAGAACAGUCGAGGGAGCUACGGCGCAUGUCCACAAAGACACGUGACUACAGUGUCAGCUGUUUCAGUAGUCGUCAUGCAAAGGGACUGUAAAGGUCCCCUGGCAUUAAAUACAUUUUUUGGUGUUUUUUGUUUUUUUUGAAGGGGGCAGGGGCACAGAGAAGGUCCGGUGCCCCAGUUGUGAGCGACACCUGUAGUCGCUGCCAUGGACAAGUCAAGCUAAACUAUGCCAAAGAGAACCGUUACAAGUCCCGGAAGAUGGACUGGUCGCCUGUGGUGAUCUCGGGCUUGUCAACGGCAAGCCGUGACGUGCAGACGGACGAGCACUGUGACGUGCAGAUCACGUGCAGUUGUGAGCUUUCUGUGAUCUCUCGCUGCUGUGGAGGCCACGUGGUUGUUCAACCUCGAGCCGAGAAACGUUUGUGCUGAAGUAAUGACAAUCUCAGUAGACUGUCCCUGUAGUUGUAGAACUGAGGGCACGUUCAAGCGCCAUUUUGAUGACUGAUAGAUUCACUUGUCUGUGUAUGUAUAUCUCACAUGUGGUGCUACUGUCAUUUUGUAGGAGAAGAUACCCGAUUUCCACAACAUAGACUUUUUUGGGGUCACGAUUGUUUCACUUUUAUGUAUCCUGAUAGAUUACAAGGAGGGAAAAUGUUAACUCGCGCGCUUUUGACCAAAAUCACACGGGUGUUGGCUUUGAAACAACAACAACAACAAGCAAAACAAAAGUGAUGUAUUAUCUCCCAGGAAAUCUCUUCUCAGGUUGACUUUCUCAAAACUCCCAUGAUGCAGCUCUCCAGCGGCAAGAGAGCAGUCGGGGGAGUUUUGCUGGGGGAUGACUUCACACAGUCAAGUCUACACAUACCUCAGACACUAGCCAUGACAGAUGGUGCUCACGUGCAGGCCAGGUGUCACUCACAAACACAUCACUAACUGCCCCUUCUCACCUGCUGGAAGGAAAACACAAAGCUUUAACACAGUGACUCACCCCGCGGCCUCGAUGAGGAAGCCGCCAUGUUUAGCUCAUCACAAUGAGUUUAAUAACUCAUGGAUGAAAUUAGGAAAACUGCGGCUACUUUAGAACCAAACUUGAGUAAGACUGAUUUCUACAAUAUAUACUUUAUUAUUUUUAAACAGUGUAGGUAAGUCCUCAAAGGAAAGGCUGCUUGUUCAGUUUGAUUCAUUCACCAUUCUCUCUCUCUCACACGAUGAACGCUCUACUACCUACGCCGUUGGAGAUGUUGAUGAGUUUCAGUACCACGUGACCAAGAGAGUGGGCGUGGUUGUUGUCGAAAGUUCUUAUUAUUCUGUAUUCUAUUUCGCUGAGGUUUAUGCUUUUGUUUACAUUGUAACACGGCCUGGUGUGUUUUUAUUUACAUUGUAAUACGAUCAAGUGUCAGACGAUCGUUACACACGACCUGGGAAGUGAGGUCGACAUGUUGUCCUGACUGUGCUGAAUGGCAGGCAGAUGGAGCUCGACAGUCAGACCUGACAUGACAUGACAUUCUGUGACAUGACAGACAUCCCUGCCAUAGGACUGCCAGCUCCUUGAUACACUGUGUCAUGUUUAUCUCAGCACAGAGGACAGAACAAUACAUUUGCUUUAAAAUCUGAAUGUGUUUAGUCGGUGGUCUAUAACCUGUAUAUGUAUAAUCCUUGUGGCUCCCUCUAUACAACAUACACAUACACAUACUUCAUCACGUCCUCCUACAAGCAAUUCACGAGAACAUUCUCCAAGGGCUGUGCACGCGCCACUCUGGUGUCUCCCUGGGCAACCACCUGAGCGCCAACAAAGAACUAUUUAUUUAUUUGUUGUUUCUUCACUUUUUGUGCUCAGAUUUUUGUUCGGGGAGGGUUAAGGGGCGUGUGAGUGGUACACUUGGUCAAGGGUUGACCACUUCUUUACACUUUCUGAGUUGAAGGCCGCAGUUUUGUAUUCUCACCGUUCGCAUGGCGCCAGUGUUCCCCGCGGUCACGUGACCAGGACCGGUGGCAUCCAGUGACUCCCUUCAAAGCCAAAGACUUGUUGACGUGUGAGCUUACCGUGCAACUCAUCGACGGGUAUUCUAUUUUCACUGUGUUAUGGGCGUUGUUGUAAUGAUAUUUGUUAAUAAUCAAGAUGUUGUGUUACGUAAGUUGCUGUUGUUGUCUGCUGUUAUAUUCAUGUUUGGAUUACUUCAAACCACUGUAGAAGCUGUAGAGGCACGUGUACAGGUCGUGUAGACCUUUCAGCAAACAAACAGCUGUGCCAGGGAGCAGGACUGGCCGGUGUGUCCACCCUGAUGACAAAGCCGCCAUGGCUUGCACAAGUCUGGCUAUUCUGUGUAAAACUGUAUCAGCUUAGCGACGACCAAUACCUGUAUGAAAGGUGUGCAAUAGCUCGUGUAGAAUUAAUGCAUUCAUAGAAGUACCCUCGGUAUCCGAAGCUAAUCUGAAAGCGAAAUUGUAUUCACUGAUACCAAAACCCUAUCUUAAAAAUAAAUAAUGUUUUUUCCAACCUUGAGGCUCAUGUAAAGCACCUCACACAGGAGUCUCACCACAGGCUUCUACAGAGACACGUGGCUACAGGUUGCUCCAUAUUGAAACCGAUUCUGAUUAUAAACACGUAUUGAGAUGAUUAUUAACUAGUUCACUUUUGUUUGCAUCGCCCAGUGUAACCUGAGACUUUAAACACAAAUCACAUUUUAUAGGUGAGUUCAGUAUACACUACACAUACUAUUCUACACGAUGUACUUUGUAUACAACAAUUGUAAGAUGAAAAAAGCAUCUUUCAGUAAUGAACUUUAUUGGCAAGUUUAGGAUGAAUAGAGCAAAUCGUUAUUUCCAACAGCAACCUGCAGACAACAACAACAUGAAUCGUGGUAGCGAGGUUUCUGAUGUCGGAUAUCGAGGGAGAUGUCGUAUGACUUAGCUAGGAGUGUACACAUUGCUGAGCUAGGAGUAUAUACAUUACUAGGAGUAUGUACAUCUGUACAUUACUUAGCAAGGAGUGUAUACAUUGCUGAGACAGGAGUGUAUAUAUAUCACAGCUAGGAGUGUAUACAUUGCUGAGCUAGGAGUGCGUACAUCUAUACAUUACUUACCUAAGAGUGUAUACAUUGCUCAGCUAGGAGUGUGUACAUGACUUCGCUAGUCAUCUAUACAUUACUUAGCUAAUAGUAUGUAAUUACUUAGCUAAGAAUGGAUACAUUACUUCGAUAGGAGUGUAUACUUAGGAGUGUAACCGCUUGGCUAGGAGUGUAACCUCUGAGCUAGCCCUGUACUUGCUUGGCUCAGACUAAAACAUUUUCAUCUUUUGCGAAACUAAAGCUCCCUCAAAUGUUUCUGUACAACCACCAACCCUGCCACUGAUUCCUGAAAACAGUGAAUCUCUCUCUCUGUCUCCUCCCCUUACCGAUGGUACCAAUAUUUAUCACUAUAACUGUAACCACUAUUCCUCCCUCUACCACCGUUUAACCGUAGAGAGUUUCUAUGGUUUCUGGGAUAUUUCUAGAAGAUGGGGCUGUUGUGGUCGCCAUAUGUACAAUAAGGACCUGUGGAGCUUUUCACAUGACCUGAUAAAAAUCUUUUCAAUAUUACGGUCAGCAGACAUGUAGACUGAUUCGUGUUAUGUCAGAAAAAUAGAAAUAAUCAUACUUUUAUUUGUAUUGGCAAUUUAAUCAGGGACGUGUUUAUCAGUGUAAACUAAUGAUUCUUGGGCACAAGGAUGUAAAGUGUAAAAUAGUUUGAUAAGGACUGCCGACUCAGCAGUACUGGUAAAGUAAGUCUUUCAUCUUGAGCAGGGAGAAAUCACUCCUUUGACACAGUCUCACCCGAGCUGUGUAUACAAUGUUUGUUGGUUUUUCUCGUUUUGUCUUUCUCUAGAUUUCGCAGGAAUUAAACGGAAAAUGCUCAAAACAUUUGAUUUCGCA